UCCCAAAGUGCUAGGAUUACAGGCGUGAGCCACCGCGCCCAGCCCAGAAUCAUUUUCUAACCUGCCGUCGUGGCAGGCAGAGUGCAGACCGACCCUUCCCGGCAGGUGGGGGCCGCGGUGAGGGCUGAGAGCCAAGAGCGCUGGAACCGCUAGUGUGGCCUGACAGCUUCCUCCAGCUCUUUGGUUUAUUUGCAAACUGGACUUCCAGCACCAGGCCCCCUGCGACCCCCUUCUGCCUUAGUCCCGUGGGAUCGAGUAGUUCAAGAUUUUGAAUUCAUGGUUUGGCAGACACCGGCAAAUCUGAAAACCUGCGGGUCAGAGUGGGGCGGAGGCGUGGGCCCCCUACCCUCUGCCCCCUGCCCCCUCGGAAGCGCGGCCCUCUUCCAGAGGUUGGGACAAGCUGGCGCGGGGACCCGGGGCACCGGCAAGGACCCACCCGCUCCUGGGACCUGGCGCCGGCGGCGCUUCUCGCGGGGUGGCACCGCCCACUUCCGCCUUCCGCGGGCGCGCGCUGCGCAGUCUUCGUCACAGCGCGGAGGCCUUUUGUCCUCCCGCCGUUCCCGUAGUGGCCGUAACCCGAGUGACACGUUUCCUUGGGGGCGUGGAGGGGCGGGGUCGGGGUCGGUGUGGGCCGUCAGCACUUAAAGGGCCCGCCGGUCGGGCGCAGGAGGCGGUGCCUCUGGAACAAGCGUGGGGCGCGGGAACCGGAGCAGGACUCUCCUCAGUUACCUUGGAGAAAGAAGUGUGGAUCCUCAGAUUCCAUCUUUUCCAACUCCAAGGUGCCAUGGCAGAGAAGGUGCUGGUAACAGGUGGGGCUGGCUACAUUGGCAGCCACACGGUGCUGGAGCUGCUGGAGGCCGGCUACUUGCCUGUGGUCAUCGACAACUUCCAUAAUGCCUUCCGUGGAGGGGGGUCCCUGCCUGAGAGCCUGCGGCGGGUCCAGGAGCUGACAGGCCGCUCUGUGGAGUUUGAGGAGAUGGACAUUUUGGACCAGGGAGCCCUACAGCGUCUCUUCAAAAAGCACAGCUUUAUGGCAGUCAUCCACUUUGCGGGGCUCAAGGCCGUGGGCGAGUCGGUGCAGAAGCCUCUGGAUUAUUACAGAGUUAACCUGACCGGGACCAUCCAGCUUCUGGAGAUCAUGAAGUCCCACGGGGUGAAGAACCUGGUGUUCAGCAGCUCAGCCACUGUGUACGGGAACCCCCAGUACCUGCCCCUGGACGAGGCCCACCCCACGGGUGGUUGUACUAACCCUUAUGGCAAGUCCAAGUUCUUCAUCGAGGAAAUGAUCCGGGACCUGUGCCAGGCGGACAAGACUUGGAACGCAGUGCUGCUGCGCUAUUUCAACCCCACAGGUGCCCAUGCCUCUGGCUGCAUCGGCGAGGAUCCCCAGGGCAUACCCAACAACCUCAUGCCUUAUGUCUCCCAGGUGGCGAUCGGGCGACGGGAGGCCCUGAAUGUCUUUGGCAAUGACUAUGACACAGAGGAUGGCACAGGUGUCCGGGAUUACAUCCAUGUCGUGGAUCUGGCCAAGGGCCACAUUGCAGCCUUAAGGAAGCUGAAAGAACAGUGUGGCUGCCGGGUAGGAAGAGAAGGGAGAAGUGAGGGAGGGGAGGGACCAGAUUCAGGCAGAGAGGCCCAGAGGGGUGGUCAGUCCAGCCCCUUCCAUAAACCCUGUUCUCCGUGGGGCAGAUCUACAACCUGGGCACGGGCACAGGCUAUUCAGUGCUGCAGAUGGUCCAAGCUAUGGAGAAGGCCUCUGGGAAGAAGAUCCCGUACAAGGUGGUGGCACGGCGGGAAGGUGAUGUGGCAGCCUGUUACGCCAACCCCAGCCUGGCCCAUGAGGAGCUGGGAUGGACAGCAGCCUUAGGGCUGGACAGGAUGUGUGAGGAUCUCUGGCGCUGGCAGAAGCAGAAUCCUUCAGGCUUUGGCGCGCAAGCCUGAGGACCCUCCCCUACCAAGGACCAGGAAAAGCAGCAGCUGCCUGCUCUCCAGCCUCUGGCAGGAACCCAGGGCCCUGGAGCUGCUGGGGCCAAGCCAAGGCCUCCCCUACCUCAAACCCCAGCUGGGCCCGCUCAGCCCACCAGCCAUGAGGCCAAGGGCUCCACUGACCAGGAGGCCGAGGUCUCUAACUCUUAUCUUCCACAGGGUCCAAGAGUUCAUCAGGCCCACCAAAAGUGAGUGAGGGGCAAGGCUCUGGAACAAAACCUCCUCCUCCCAGGCACUCAUUUAUACUGCUCUGAAAGAGCUUUCCAAAGUAUUUAAAAAUAAAAACAAGUUUCCUUACACUGGG